UUCUGUUGAAGUUCGAAAAGGCAGGUCAGGUCAGUGGUGUGGUGAGAGAGUUGUCCGUCCAGACUUCUGUCCGGCGUAGACAUGGUCUAAAGAUGCGCCAGAACACCAACAGACUGCUUCUGAGGAAAGUGCCGUCACGUUUACGGCCAGGAGGGCAGCCGCAACUCAGCCACAAUCGCCUGUUCAAGCGCGGUGUCCGUACCAGGGCCCGUAGCGGCCUGACAGCUGUGUUCCCGGCGGAAGCCGUGAUAAUUUUGUGCCGAUGUUGAUUGUGCCCGGCCUGGAAGCGAGUGGGUCGAUCUUCAACAGAAACUCCUGACACUUAGUACCCGUAAGAUUGGGAGAAAUAUGUCAUCAUGGGUUAAAGGACUGGUGUACCUUCUCAGCGCGCUGGUCUGUGUGGGGCACCUGCUCCCCCUCCCCACCCUGCAUACCUGCAUCUUUGACGAGAUCGAACCGUCUGACGUGCCACAGAAGAGACAGAGUUACGCCAGACCUGCAGACGUUUCUGGCAGAACCAGGAGAAACGCCGUGUUUGAAUCAUUGAGAAUCACGCCGCGGUUCCACAACAUCGGGUCGGAGCUGGGGCGGGCGGAGCAGGACAACCUGCAGGCGGUGGUGCGGGAGGCCGUGAGCAGGAUCACCCGGGCACUGGCGGUUGUACCAGUCCAGGGUUCGCUAGUCUUGGGGAGGAACUUUACUGAAAUCUGCAAGUUUGCAGUUGCUGCCAAUCAGCCAAAUGCUGGGAAGUGUUCUGUGGCAAGAACCACCUACCAAGGAGAAAUCUGCAUUGGAGAGUUUCCGAUACCGAAUGAGCACCUAGAGGGGUUUGCUACCUGGGACGACACAGGUGACACACCUGCCCAGGUGUUGUACUCAGAAGGUGCAGGUGUGAGGGACACAGACUACAUCCUAUAUGUAACAGCUGCCACCACUACCAGGUGUCAAAAUGAUCAUUCCAUUCUAGCCUAUGCGUCAUACUGUCAGCUGGACCAGAACGACCGCCCCACAGCCGGCUACACCAACUUCUGCCCGGUGCAGCUCCAGGGACCAGGCUUUGAUCGUGACAAGUUUGUCAUGACGGCCAUCCAUGAGCUGUUCCAUGCUUUGGGGUUCUCCAAGCAGCUCUACGACAAGUUCAAGGACUGCUCUUCUUCAGCCGACCCCACCUCCUGUGCAGGCAGACGGGAUGUUGUGGAGAAUGUCCAUGGCCUGAAUCGCAUCACCACGCCAACUGUGGUCAACCACACCAGGCACCACUUCCACUGCACAUGGACAGACUUUGGGGGGCCUCUAGAGGACAGGCCAGCAGGUGUAAGUUCCCACUGGGAGGCUCGUCUCAUGCAGGGUUCCAUCAUGACAGCCAAGUUGGGACAGCCCUACCUGCACACCAUUGAUGCCAUAACACUGUCUGUGUUUGAAGACUCCGGCUGGUACCAGGUGGACUACAGUACUGCAGGCCAGCUGGUCUGGGGGGAAGGUCAGGGCUGUAUGUUUGGGACUGAAGCAACUUGUGUAACCAAUGAUGACUGGUUCUGUCUUAGCAGCUCUGUUGGUUGUCACUACCUCCAUCUGGACAAAGGUCAGUGUGAAAGCGACAGCUACCUGGGUGUCUGCCGGGUGUACAAGCCUCAGACAGGGGACGAAUGUUGGAAGGGAAGCAACGCCCCCAGUCCUCUGCAGCUGGAACUGCAUGGGGAGAGUUACCAGGAGGCCAGCAGAUGUUUUGUGUCCAACCUCACCAAAACUGGCCUGGGAGGAACGUCGUCACCUGCUGGCAGGUGUUAUGAACACAGGUGUAACAGCUCAGGUGUGCUGGAGGUCAAAGUUUAUGGGUCACCUUGGGCCAGGUGCCCCUUUGGCAACUCUAUAGCGAUCCCUGGCUAUAGUGGAACAUUGGAGUGUCCUCCCAAGGGGUCCUCUGCAGAGAUGUGUACCCCCCUCCCCACACCACUACUGCAGCGCCUCCUGCAGCUGACAACUGCCCUACAGGUACACCUGAUGACCUGUACGAGGUGGUGUACUUGGAAGUCACCUUCCCUGCUGAGGUAUCCAGGUUGACCCAGGCUGACCUUUCCAUCUUUCAUGAUCUUGUUGCCACAGAAAUGGCAACCUUAGCCUGUAUUAACAGAAACCGUAUUGAGAUUCGGCUGGAGGACCAGCUCCAGGCCCAUAUGGUGUUUGUACGUCUCUCUCCUGCACACAGCAGUACAGGUCCUGGUUGUGCUGGAGUCUUUGCUCACCUAGAGGUCGUUGUGCAGGCUGGUGGGUUCAUUGUGACAUUACAGGGAAAGCAGUACCAGGCCAUGGCCAUCAGGAUGGUGGAUGGAAAGCCUGCCAGGAGACCCCCUGCGGCAGUUGCUGUGGCAUUAGGCGUGGUGGGGGGAGUUUUGCUACUGGUCCUGACAGUUGCUCUGCUCUUCUUCUACAAGGCCAAGACUCCCCGCACGGUUGCCCCGGAGACGCCUGUCAGGGCCAGCAGUGUUACACUACAACGUUUCUAGCACUGGAGACACCUAGCAUGGCCAAUAUUU